AUGGCGGCGGCGGCGGCGGCAGCAGCCACUUCUCUAACUACGCCUAAACUCACCUCCCCAACUCUUCAAUCCCUCUACAAAAAACUCCCUCUCUCUUCGUCCUCCUCCUUCCUCCUCCCCAAAACCCUAACUCUCACUCGUUCCCUCUCCUCCCGCCGCCCUCUCUCUCGCGACCAUAGCCACCGGCGCCGCCAUUUCAAUACUCGCGCAGAGUCCGAAAACGGCGCAGAACCUUCGCACCACUAUGAUUUCGAUCUCUUCACUAUCGGCGCUGGCAGUGGAGGAGUCCGCGCCUCCCGCUUCGCCGCCAAUUUGGGCGCUUCUGUUGCCGUGUGUGAGCUUCCUUUCUCCACUAUCUCUUCCGAGACCACCGGAGGCGUAGGCGGCACGUGUGUACUUCGUGGAUGUGUACCGAAGAAAUUGCUUGUUUAUGCGUCGAAAUAUGCUCAUGAAUUUGAUGAGAGUCGCGGUUUUGGAUGGAAGUAUGACAAUGAACCACUUCAUGAUUGGAGUACUUUGAUGGCUAACAAAAAUGCUGAGUUGCAGCGCCUGACCGGUAUUUAUAAGAACAUUCUGAAUAAUGCUGGUGUCACAUUGAUUGAAGGUCGUGGGAAGAUUGUGGACCCACACACAGUUGAUGUUGAUGGAAAGCUCUAUUCUGCACGGCACAUACUUAUAUCUGUUGGAGGGCGCCCGUUCUUUCCAAAUAUUCCUGGUAGUGAGUACGCGAUUGACUCUGAUGCUGCGCUUGAUUUGCCAUCAAAGCCAGAGAAAAUUGCGAUAGUCGGUGGAGGGUACAUUGCCUUGGAGUUUGCUGGCAUUUUCAAUGGAUUGAAGAGUGAUGUUCAUGUAUUUAUACGGCAGAAAAAAGUAUUAAGAGGCUUUGAUGAAGAGGUCAGAGAUUUUGUUGCAGAACAGAUGUCUUUAAGAGGAAUUGAGUUUCACACAGAGGAGUCACCUCAGGCUAUUAUUAAGUCAGCAGAUGGCUCAUUGUCACUGAAAACCAACAAAGGAACAGUUGAAGGCUUCUCACAUGUCAUGUUUGCCACUGGACGACGGGCUAACACAAAGAACUUGGGAUUGGAGAGUGUGGGAAUAAAAAUGACCAACAAUGGAGCAAUAGAGGUUGAUGAAUACUCACGCACCUCUGUUCCUUCCAUUUGGGCAGUUGGAGAUGUUACAGAUAGGAUAAAUUUGACUCCUGUUGCUUUGAUGGAAGGUGGGGCAUUGGCAAAAACUCUCUUUCAGAAUGAGCCAACAAAACCUGAUUAUAGAGCUGUUCCAUCUGCUGUGUUUUCCCAGCCUCCAAUUGGACAAGUUGGUCUUACUGAAGAGCAGGCUAUAAAAGAGUACGGUGAUAUUGAUGUCUUCACAGCUAAUUUCAGGCCUUUGAAGGCUACUCUCUCAGGGCUUCCAGAUCGUGUCUUUAUGAAACUAAUAGUCUGUGCCAAGACGAACAAAGUUCUCGGGUUGCACAUGUGUGGAGAAGAUUCACCGGAAAUUGUGCAGGGAUUUGCAGUUGCAAUCAAAGCUGGCUUGACCAAGGUAGACUUUGAUUCUACAGUGGGUAUUCACCCAACAACAGCUGAGGAGUUUGUUACAAUGAGGACUCCUGCCAGAAAGAUUCGAGAGGGUCCUCCAUCUGAGGGAAAGGCAGAUCGCGAUGUUAAAGCAGCAGCAGGGGUUUAG